AUGGAGGAAGCUCUUACACAGUUUAUCCAGGUUUCCACAACCAAUCAGAAAAAUACUGAAGCCUCUAUCAGAAAUCUAGAAGUACAAAUAGGGCAGUUGGCUAAGCAGUUGGCAGAGCAGCAAAGCAAUAAUUUUUCAGCCAAUACACGGGUCAAUCCUAAAGAAGAUGGAAAUGUGAGGGAGAAGGGUAAGAAGAAAGGGAAAGAAGUUGUUAGGCCUCCUCCUGUGAAGAAUUUACCUUAUUCACAUGCUCCAUCAAAGAAAAACAAGGAACGACAGUUUGCAAGGUUCCUUGAUAUAAUCAAGAGGUUGCAAAUCAACAUACCCUUUGUAGAGGCUUUAGAACAGAUGUCAUCUUAUGCAAGAUUCAUGAAGGUGCUUCUGACAAAGAAGAGAAAACUGAGUGAGGAUGAAACAGUGGAGUUAGAGGCAGGUUGCAGUGCUAUAAUUCAGAAGUCAUUUCCACAAAAAUCUAGAGACCCAGGGAGUUUCACUUUUCCAGUCACCAUUGGAAAUCUCUCUGUGGGGAAGGAAUUAUUGGAUUUAGGGGCUAGUAUCAAUCUUAUGCCCUUAUCUAUGUUACAGAGGAUAAGUGAUGUGGAGGUGAAACCUACUAGGAUGACUCUGCAGCUGGCUGAAAGAUCUAUUAAGUACCCUCAUGGUAUUGUUGAAGAUCUCUUGGUUAAGGUUGAUAAAUUUUUCUUUCCAGUUGAUUUUGUUGUCAUGGACAUGGAAGAGGAUUCUGAGGUUCCUCUCAUUCUGGGUCGUCCAUUCAUGAAGACAGCUAAGGUCAUUAUAGAUGUUGAUGAUGGCAAACUCAAGGUCAGGGUGCAUGGUGAUGAGGCUUAUGAAUCCUCAAAAAUUUACAAGAAUAAAGGGAAGUCCUACCAUGACAGGAAAAUUGUGUGGAGAAACUUCCAACUAGACCAACAAGUGUUUUUGUUCAAUUCCAGGCUGAGAUUAUUCCCUGGAAAGCUCAAGUCCAAAUGGUCAGGUCCCUUUGUGAUUAAAGCAGUCAAGCCAUAUGGGGCAGUGGAGUUGGAAGAACCAAAUUAUGGGAGAUCUUGGAUGGUAACUGGAAGUGGGAGUGUGAAAGGAGAACAAAAUGUGCUUCUUCCAGUUUUUGAAAUCUGGAGACAAACGGCUGAGCGCUUUCAAGCUAGAGAGCUCAACAAAUGCAGCAAAGGAGAGGCGCUCAACCACUCUAAAGCGUUGAGCGGAUUUGGCCCUAGAAGAAGGAGUGCUCUCUGCCUCCUAGGUGCUCAGCGGAUAUGA